AUGAAUAGAUCUAUAUAUUAAUUCCUAAAAAUCUAGUCAUACAUACCCUAAAUAUAAGAAAGCGAAAACUAAUAAGAAGUUGUUGAACAGCAAGAAGUAGUGGAGCAACAACAAGUAAAAAUAAUUCAUUAAUAAUCUUAAAAUUAGGAGUAACAAGAGCCUGAAGUUAAAGCUUAAGAAAAAGAGCCAGUUUUUAACAUUCCAUCUGAUUUACAAGGAGGAGAAGAUGGCUGGCUUGAGCUACCGGGUCCAGAGGUCUACGCCAAUGUAUUCAUAUCCCGCAAAGGUGUGCUUUACGGAAUCUAAGAUAGAUACACUGACAAUGGUGUCGAUAAGUAUCUAAUGAAAUUUGACUUUGCUAACAAUAAAUGGCACGAAGUCUAGAGUGCCAAGGGAAUUAAAAAGAUAAGAUUUGACAUAAAUGAUGAGCUGAUAAUUCUAACUGACGAUUGCAGGCUCACAAUCAGAACUAAAACUCAUCUCAAAGUUAGAGAGUAGGUUGCGGACUUCGGUGUCUCUCUUUAGGGCAAGCUUCAUAUUAUCGAUCUUGGUGACCCCGCUAGUAGAGGAGAGGAAUUACAAGAAUGGUAAAGUACUGAUUUUGCAGCAGAAUACCUUCUCCACCCAGCAUCACAAUUUGCAAGAGUAGAUGUUAGAGAAGAGGACCUUAUCAUUGGCAGAAAUAACGACAAACUCGACAGCUAUCACGGAUGUAAGGCCUACAAUCAUAUCUUUCUAACUUUCAAAUCACAAGUCAACCUACAACCCACAAUGGAAUCUGAGAAUCAAGAAGUACAACAACAAGUAGAAGAAACAGUACCAGAACAAAAGGCUGAAGCUGAAGUUGAAGAGCAGCAAUAAACUGAGGAUCAAACUGCUGAAAGUACUUAAGUCUAAGAAGAUUUCAAGGAAGCAGUAUAUGACUGGCCAGCUGACUUCUCUCCAGAGAAUGGAGUCCAUAUUACUCCAAGGGAGGACUUUAUUGAGGUAGCUAUUGCUCCAUCCGGCAGAGUAAUUGGCUAUCAAUCUAUCUGGACUGGUUCAGAAUGUGUUAAAGAGACCCUGCAAUAUGAUUUUGCUAACAAUAAGUGGGAUGCCGUUCCUGCUGAGCAACACUGUAAUAAUCUUUAAAAGAUGAGAUGGGAUGGCCAAGGAAAUCUUUAUCUCUUAAACGAUAGCUAUGAGCUAAUAAUAAGAACUAAGUCCCACACUAAGAUUAGAGACAGCAUUAGAGACUUUGGAGUAUCUCCUUCUGGAAGACUCCAUCUAAUUGAUCUUAAAAAUCUUGCUGAUAGAGAUGAGGAAUACGACAAGUGGUUCAGCAAUGAUUUUGGUACCUAUAUCUGCUAUGAAUGGCUAAUGAAACUUGAAAAGAUUGAGAUGAACGGAGAGACUCCUGUCUUCAUCAAGAACAACGGACACACAUUGGAACACAACGACUUAAAAGUUGUAGAUCUAAGUGUUGGAUAUGAUGGAACUAUCUGGACUACUAUUCCAGAGUAUGACUCUGAAGGUUAUAGAAAUGUAGUAAAAAAAUGGGACUCAGCAAAAAGUGAUUGGGUUUCAGCUAAGGAUUUCUUUGCCGGAAAGAUUGCAGUUCACUCUGCAGAUAGACUCGCUUCUCUAUCAAGAGGUGUUAUUUCUCUACACUCAAAGGCUCCUGAGACUGAGGAAUGA